AUGGCUGCCGAAACACAUCCACCGUACCCUCAUCAUAUCCGCCGCACCUCUUCAUACUCACUACUUACGCGUGCACGUCGACUCUCCGUCGGCGCCCGCUCUUUCGUUAACGUUGCGCUCGACUUUCGCGACUCAUCCGCAUCGACGCCGCCUUCGCCACCCCCUGUACCACCACUGCCUUCACACGUUCGCGCGGAUGCCGACCAACUCCUUGGUCCGUCAACGUCUACUGUUGAUCGGUCCUCCGCAUCCGCUCUAUUACCCUCCUCCGCCGCCUCCACUCGCAAACCAAAAGUCGCCGAAGCCGUCUACAGCUUCAAGCUCCUGGAGGCAUUGAGAAAGGGCGAUCAGCAAGCUCUCAUCCCUCUCCUACAACCUUCCGCCAAAAACUCGAACGUUCUCGCAAAGGAAAGCACCAGUCCGCUCCACCUUGCCGUAAAGUGCGCCGACUUCAACAUCAUCUCGUUCCUUCUGAACUACAAGACCAUCGACCUCAACGCGGUCGAGGCUCAGCAGGGCAACACGGCCCUCCACAUCGCCUCGGCUUCCGGUCGUGACGAUGUCGUUCAGCUCUUGCUCGAUCAGAACGACAUCGACGACUCUAAGCCCAACAAGGACGGCAGAGAUGCACUGGCAGUAGCCAAAACGCCCGAGAUCGCCCAACAGAUCCAAGUCAGCCGCGCACAGCUCAAUGCCAAGUAUCUCGACCUGCUCGCCGCAUACGAGCAGGAUGCCGCCGGUGCCGACGUCAAGAUUCACCAGCUCCUCGAUUUGCCACGACAUGCUGUCAUCGACCUCAACGCAAAUAGUAGCAACGGCAGCACGCUCCUGCACGAGGCCGUCAAGCGCAAAGACACGCGCAUGAUCGAAACCGCCGUGCGCAAGGGUGCAGACGUCUACGCCCGCGACCGUCGCGGCAAGCGUGUCAACGACGUCACCAAGGACGAAAAGGUCAAGGCGCUCCUGCGUCAGCUCCACAACGCCGACGCUGCCAAAGCAUCCCAAGCCAGCCAAUCCGGUCAGCCACCCUCCUUCAAGGGCUACCUCGGCAAGUGGACCAACAUCGCUCAUGGCUACAAGACGCGAUGGUUCGUGCUCGAGGACGGCAUCCUCUCUUACUACCACAGCCAGGACGACGAGGGCAAGCAGUCACGCGGUGCCAUCAACAUGCGCUACGCCAAGAUCCGCGCCGACAACAACGACAAGCACCGCCUCGAGAUCCUCAGCGAGACGGGCAAGGGCACCUCCAAGCUCUACCUCCGCGGCACACAUCCCGUCGAGCGCGCACGUUGGGUGCAAGUGCUCCAGCAGACCAAGGAGUUCUUCAACCUCGAGCGACAGUCGAGCCGCGCAACAGCGACAGAGUCCAUCUACCGUCAACGUGCUCCCUCCUCGUCCUCCCUCUCGGCCGGGCAGGGCAUCCAGGGUGCCACGGUGCUCGCCAACCCCGCCGGCAUCGUACGUCCUUCGUCGACUGCACCGAGCGAGAAAGGAAGCCGCAGCGGUCUGCUCUCGCUCAAGUCCCCCAGCACACAGCCUCCUUCGGGCGCCGCGAGCGAACGAUCGCUACCUCUUCUCAAUCGCAGCCCAAGUCUGCUCAGUCGCUUGUCGAGCGGCGAACGAGCAGACGACGAUGCUGGCGCGAGCGCUGCCGCUGGACGCAUCCCAUAUGAGAGCGAGUUUUCGCUCACCGCCGAAACGCUCAAGGCGCAGGCAGAAGCAAGUCAGCGCCUCGUCGAAACGCUGCUGGCUUCCAACGCUCUUCCCUCCGGUAGCGUUGAUGGUAGCGAGGGCAAGCACAGCCGCGCCUCGUCGGGCUCAUUGGUGAGCAAUGGCGACUCGCUGCGGUCGGCGCUCGAGGCCGCCGUCAGAAGCAAUUUUCAGUUGGUCGAACGCUACCAGACCAUGGUCAGCGCACGCGAAACCUACAUGAUCAAGCGCUACGAACGCGAACUGCAGAUCAAGCACCUCUGGGAGGAGAACAUGGCCGUCUUGGCACAACAGCACGCCGAGAUGGAGUCGCAGCUCAAGGAGGCCGCUGCCGAAAAUGCACGAAGGCGCAAAGCGCUGCGCGAGGUGCGCGAGACCAUGGGCUCGUCGCCCGGCUCGAUCCUGUCGCCUGGUGGCGCUGGUGUUGGCAUCGGCGCGGGGCUCGCGGCCUCCGGCUCCAUGGCAUCGUCGCUUCACAACGCACGCCGUCACUCGACGCUUCAGUCGUACGAGACUGCUGAUAGCGGCAAUGCGGGAUCCCUCGCUGCACGCCGCCUGGGCGAGCAGGGCGGCGCUCAGCUGCAGCUCGACGAUCAGCUGACUCCUCCUAUCCAGGGCCAACGCUCGGCCAUCAUGGGAAUCGCAGACGACACGAGCAUGGCGCGCGACUCGAUGGACGAUGCCGAAGACGACUUCUUUGACGCGAUCGAGACGGGUGAUCUGCCAGGACUCAAGGUCGAGCAGGCGCUCAGCCAGCCCGAGACCGACACCAACAAGUGGCCCGAGAAGUUUGACAAGAACAUGCUUGACGACCUCGUCAUGGCUUCUUUCGAGCCGUACAAGCACCUGCGAACGCAUAUGCCCAUCGGCAAGGAUGACCGACCUUCGGUCUCGCUGUGGGCGAUUCUGAAGAACAACAUCGGCAAGGACCUGACCAAGAUCUCGUUCCCUGUCAGCUUCAACGAACCCACGUCGAUGCUGCAGCGCAUGGCCGAGGACAUGGAGUUCUCCGAGUGCCUCGACGCCGCAUCGAUGCAGGAAGACUCGACCAAGCGUAUCGCCUACGUCGCCGCUUUCGCCAUGAGCAACUACUCGUCGACGAUCGGUCGAAUCGCAAAGCCGUUCAACCCGCUGCUGGGCGAGACGUUCGAGUACAUGCGUCCAGACAAGAAGUACAGGUACUACUCGGAGCAGGUCUCGCACCACCCGCCCAUCUCGGCCUGCUUCGCACAGUCGCCUACGUGGGACUACAUGGGAUGCGUCGAUGCCAAGUCCAAGUUCCUCGGCCGCACCUUUGAGAUCCGACCGACCGGCGUUGCCCACGUCAACCUCAAGGUGCCACGAAAGUGGGUCAACACGGACAAGGAGCUCAAGAGCGCGCCUUUGUUGACCGACGACCACGUGAUGGAGCACUACUCGUGGAACAAGGUGACGACGUCGGUUUCCGGAUUCAUUGUAGGCAGUCCCACCAUCGACCACUUUGGAGACAUGGAGGUGACGAACCAUGCGACGGGCGACCGCUGCGUGCUCACGUUCAAGCCACGAGGCUGGCGAGGCAAGGACGCGUUCGAGAUUCGCGGCAGCGUGUACGACGCGCAGGGGACGCUGCGAUGGGACAUUGCGGGUCGCUGGAACUCGCAGCUGGUGGCGCGAAAGUGCGGUGCCGGAUCGGGCGACCUGAAUCCGGACCAGACGGUGGAUGCACCGGACGGACAGAUCGCCACGGCACAGCCGCUCGCCGAGUACCUGUUGCUGUGGCGCAACUCGGAGAAGCCGGCGUCGCCGUUCAACCUGACACCGUUCGCCAUCACGCUCAACUCGUGUCCCGACGACCUGCGCCCCUGGCUCGCGCCCACCGACUGCCGACUGCGACCCGACUUGAGCGCGUUCGAGAGCGGCAAGUUUGACCAGGCCAAUGACCUCAAGCAGAAGCUCGAGAAUUAUCAGCGAGAGACGAGGAAGAAGCGCGAGGCGGGCGAGCUGCCGCCGCACGAGCCGCGCUGGUUCAAGAGGACCACGGAUCCGGAUACGCGCGAGCAGCUGUGGCAGCCUGCGCCCGCGACGCCGGGUACGGGUGCCGGCGGCAAGGAGACCACGUCGUACUGGGCCGAGAGGUACGACGUCGGAUCCAAGAAGACCAAGGGUCAGCAGGCCGAUUGGAACAACGUGUACCACAUCUUUGGUGAUUUUGAGGUUCGUUGA